GGGGAUAUAAGACAGGAUAUGAAGGGGUCCCGUCCUUAGUUUAUUACAAAGUAUCAGUACAACUCGUUGCCCAGAGUCUCAAUUCGUAUUCGCUUUCCUCGAGUCCUUCUGCCGCAUCGGUCCUAUUUGCAAACUAAUCGACGUCGCGGUCAUUUAUUUCCUGUGGACCUUCAAAGUGUUGCUGGUGUUCAAGUUAUAAGUCUCUUUUUACGUAAGGACGAGAAAGUGAGGAGUGUCGUGUUUCUCGGGAAGGGCAGGAUGGCCUUCGUGAGGAUAGCUUCUACCCUACUUCUGGGACUCUGGUUCGUCUUGGUAUCAUGCGAAAAUCAGAACGUGACGGAAAUCAAUAGCGGGCUUAAUGAGCCCGAUUUCCCCACUCCCGAAUAUGUUCUACCAUGCAGCAGAAAAGAUCCAAAGAUCGAGUCGUGUUUUCUUAACACGCUCGCCCAUAUUCAACCAUAUUUAGUGAAAGGUAUCCCGGAAUUGGAGGUGCCUCCCAUAGAGCCACUAGUAAUUCCCGAGCUGAAAAUGGAGAAUGGUCAAGGUCCGGUGCGUGUUAGAGCCAUUUUCACCAACAUCACCGCGAUAGGACCAGGAGACUACACUGUCACCAAAGUACGAGUAAAUCUAUCAACAUAUAGAUUUGAUCUACAUCUAUCUUUGCCAAAAAUCGAGAUUCAUGGUAACUACGACAUUAAUGGGAAUGUACUUCUCUUCCCCAUACAAAGUCACGGCGAUUUUUGGGCAUUGUUCGGUGACGUGAAGGCAAUCGCUCGCAUACAAGGUGUCGAGGAAAUAAGGGACGGUGUUCGUUACAUGAACAUCUCUCGAUUGCUAGUCGACUUCAGUCUCGGUCGAGCCAGAUUUCGCAUAAACGAUCACCUGAAUGGCAACAACGUGAUCGGCCAGGCGAUGAAUCAAUUCCUGAAUCAGAACAUCAAAGAGAUAAUCGAGGAAAUGAAACCGGCGGCCAGUUCAAGUAUCGCAAAGUAUUUCAAGGAUUUCUUGAACACCGUUUCCACCAAAAUGCCCCUGAAAGUUUGGAUGCACGACACGUAAUAGUUCCCAAUUUCGUACAAAGUUCAUACGCAAUAUCCAUGAUUACUGCAUUACUUCACAGCCAGCUUACAUUUCAUGAUUACGAAAAGGCAUCGUAAAAUUAAUGAUAGAAUUAAGUGUUUUACGAGCAGAUUCGAAAUCUGCUUGCGAAAUUUCGAGCUCUCUACGAUUACUUCGAAAGAUAAAAAUAGAAUUUUCAAGUAGACUCAAACCUGAACAAAGUGGGCUCGAACUUUCUUUAAUUGCCUCAAGAAACAAAAAUAUUAUUUCCAAAUAAAAUCAUGUCUAUCAGGAAACAGGUUGAUUUAUACAUAAUCCAUCAUGUAAAACUGAUGUUUCCUGAUAGGGUAGACAUGAUUUUAUUUGGAAAUAAUAUUUUUGUUUCUUGAGGCAAUUAAAGAAAGUUCGAGCCCACUUUGUUCAGGUUUGAGUCUACUUGAAAAUUCUAUUUUUAUCUUUCGAAGUAAUCGUAGAGAGCUCGAAAUUUCGCAAGCAGAUUUCGAAUCUGCUCGUAAAAGAAGAAAUAAUAUUUUGUACAUUGUCUUGCAAAGUAAUCGAUACGAUACAAAAAUUUAAACUUAUUUAUUCUACCCUAUCAGCAGACAAUGUUUUUACAUUUUUUAAAAAUAAUUAUUCUUUAUUAUAACGUUUUUUUAAAUAUUUAAGAAACAUUAUAAUUAAAUAUUUAAAAAAUACUGUUUCCUGAUAGAGUAGACAUGAUUUUAUUUGGAAAUAAUAUUUUUAUUUUUCGAGGCAAUUAAAGAAAGUUCGAACCCACUUCGUUCAGGUUCGAGUCUACUUGAUCCCAUUACUAAUUGUAAUCUCUAUUAUAAUAAUACAUAAUAAAUAUUGCAUAUGUCACCCUUCAAUAAAAUUUAUAAUGUACAAGAGAUAUCUAUAAGCAAUGUUGAUUUAUACAUAAUCCAUCAUGUAAAACUGAUGUUUUCAACGCAAUUCACAUAUAUUUUAAAUUAAUUCUUAGUACACAUCUUUGGAUAUUAGUAUCUUGUGCAUCUUUUAUUUUAAUAAUCUUAUCAACAAUAAUCAGUUAUAAUAUUUAUAAACAAUUUUUUAAGAAAUACAUAAUCAUACUUUCUAGAAAUAUUGCAGUAUAUAUAUGUAAAUGCCACUUAAUAAUUUUUUUACUUGUAACAAUGAUAAAAAUUAACGACAAACACAAACGAUCCAUGUUUAAUAAAAAAUGUCAGGAAAAAAAGUACUAACAAUAAGUAUCAAAAUAAACAAUUAUUACAAAUUUAUUACGCCGAUUUGAAAGUACCGAACUUGAUGAUCGACAGUGUAAGCGGUCGCAACUUUGUUUUAUUUUUGAAAUUGUUAAAUAUAAUUGUUAAAUUUUGUCAUUAACUAAAAAAAUAACACUCAAUUCACGAACAUUUAUAUUAUGGUGAUAUUAAGUGUUUGAUAUUUUUUUUAUUAGAUCAUUACAUUGCGAUUUAUCAUGUAUCGUUAUUAUAAAAUUGUAUAAAAUAAAUAUACUUAGGAAGUAUUAAUAAUUACUUCCCAUUUACUUCACAUUUGAAUUACUCUUCAAUAAAUUAAGUAAUUAUGUCUACCUCAAAAAGAAUUUUAGCCGUAAUUACAGCAUUUUUAUCGUUAGGAAAAAAUUAUUCCAAAAUAAUGAAAAAAUGUGACACUAAAUUAAUUUUUAUUGUAAAGAAAGUCGAUACAAUUAAAAAUAAAAAGUUUCUUAAAAUCCUAA